AUGCAGUUCGAUGAGGACCGGGACUCUGGUGUGGGUGGCGGCAACGGUGAAGUUGAUGGCAGAGUGGACGAGCCUACCAGAUGCCUACGCUGUGGCAUCAGCGCAAAUGCGACGCCUCAUAUGCGUCGUGGACCAGAGGGUCGUAGGACUUUAUGCAAUGCGUGCGGCAUAGCUUGGGCAAAGGGGAAAAUGAGAAAAGUUAUUGAUUCUGAUACCCACAUAGAUGAUGCCACAGUUGCAAAAAUGGUGCCGGAAGUCGGCAUGGAAUUUGACAAUGAAGAUAAAGCAUAUGAGUUCUACAAUAGGUAUGCUGGACAUGUGGGAUUUAGUGUUCGUAAGAGUUCAUCAGACAAAUCAGCUGAAAAUAUCACAAGGUCAAGAACUUUUGUAUGCUCGAGAGAAGGCUUCCGAAAGGACAAGAAAGGAGCUAAAGAAGUUAAGAGACCACGACCAGAAACAAGAAUAGGGUGCCCUGCACGGAUGACAAUUAAGAUUACAUCAGAUGGUAAAUAUCGUAUUGCAGAAUUUGUAGCAGACCAUAACCAUGAGCCAGCACCCCCAUCGACCAUGCAUAUGCUGAGAUCUCAGAGAGUACUGACUGACCUGCAAACAACUGAAGCAGACUCUUCAGAAGAUUCAACAACACCUUCAAGGAUUUCCAGUGGUUGUUUAGUCAGGCAGGCAGGGGCAACUACAAACCUCAACUUUCUCCCUGCUGAUUACAGGACUUCCCUUCCUUCAAAGCGUAUGAAAAACAUGCAGCCCGGUGAUGCAGGGGCCGCUGUAAAGUACUUUCAGAGCAUGCAGAUGAGUUGUCCUUCAUUCUUUCAUGCUUUUCAACUCGAUGAGGAUGACAAACUGACCAACAUUUUCUGGGCUGAUUCCAAAUCUAGAACUGACUUCAGCUACUUUGGUGACGUAGUUUGUUUGGACACAACUUACAAGAUAAAUUCACAUGGCAGGCCAUUAAUGCUCUUCCUCGGAGUGAAUCACCAUAAGCAAAUUUCCAUAUUUGGCGCAGCUUUGCUUUAUGAUGAAUCAAUGGAGUCUUUCAAGUGGUUGUUUGACACAUUCAAAGUUGCCACUGGUGGAAAGCAGCCAAAAACAAUCUUGACUGAUCAAUCAAUGACAGCAACAGCUGCCAUAACAGCAGCAUGGCCAGGUACAAUUCAUCGUCAUUGUCCAUGGCAAGUUUACCAAAAUGCUGUCAAACACCUUAAUCACAUCUUCCAAGGUUCUAAGACAUUUGCGAAGGAUCUGAGCAAAUGUGUUUAUGAAUAUGAGGAAGAAAAGGACUUCUUGCUGGGUUGGAGUACUAUGCUAGAGAAGUAUGAUCUCAGAAACAAUGAGUGGCUUCGCAAGUUGUUUCAAGAUCGAGAUAAAUGGGCUCCGGUGUACAAUAGGCAUGUGUUCACUGCAGAUAUAAAAAACUCACUGCAAUCAGAAAGUAUAAGUAGUGUCUUGAAAAAAUACUUGAGCCCACAGUUUAAUUUGUCUUCUUUCUUCAAGCAUUUUGAAAAAGUACUGGACGAACAUCGAUACUCAGAGCUACAAGCUGAUUUUCAUGCAAGCCAAAGCUUUCCAAGAAUACCUCCCUCCAAAAUGCUGAGGCAAGCUGCUAGCAUGUACACACCAGUGGUUUUUGAAAUUUUUCGUAGAGAGUUUGAGAUGUUUGUGGAUUCAGUGAUUUAUAGUUGUGGCGAGGCUGGGACUGCAUCUGACUAUAGAGUAGCAGUAACAGAUAAACCAGGGGAGCACUAUGUUAAGUUUGAAUCCAGUGACUUCUCUGCUGUUUGCAGCUGUAAAAAGUUUGAAUCAAUGGGUAUUCAGUGCUGCCAUGUGUUGAAGGUUCUUGACUUCAGAAAUAUAAAAGAGUUACCACACAAAUAUUUCAUGGGAAGAUGGAAGAAGGACGCAAAGUCUGCAAAUACAGGCAAUCAAGAAUUUCUGAAUGAUGGAACUUCACAAACUCCAAGCUCUUCUUUAAAUGGUCCAGGACCAUUUAUCGAUCACCAACACAUGCAAACAAAUAAUCAGACUAACCAUGAUUCCUCUGUUUCAAACUUGGACCAGCAAGGCCUUCAUGGAGAUGCACAAAGGAAUCAGGGUUAUACCCCCUUGGCUGGGGUGCAGCACCUACAGUUCAUAGGGAAUUUUCACCUAAACAAUGGAGCAGAGGCCUGUGUUGAUAAUUUGGUGCGGCGCUUCUCGUCCGGUGGCGGCGACGGAGAGCGUGCUCGUGCUCAGCUGGUGUGCCGCUUACUUGCUCCAGGAGUUACAACGUUUCUUCUCGCUGUAGGCGUCCUCCUGGUCCUCAACAAGGGCCUUCGCUGCAUAUGGAUACUAUUAAAGGUUCUAAAAAAUAUUAACUCCGAUGUGAAAGUAUGUGGAGAAUACCGGUCCAUUCUUCUCCAAGUUAUUAGCAUAGUCCCCGCAAUUACUGGUUCAGAACUCUGGCCGGACCAUGGUUUCUUCAUCAAAGUUUCAGAUUCUUCACACUCAACAUAUGUUUCCUUGUCUAAGGAGGACAACGAACUCAUCUUAUCAAACAAACUACAACUUGGACAGUUUAUAUAUGUUGAGAAGGUCCAGUCAAGUAUACCUGUUCCAGUUCUUGUUGGGGUCCGCCCAGUUCCAGGAAGGAACCCUUGCAUUGGAAACCCGAAGGAUUUGAUGCAAAUGUCAACUCCCUCAGGGGUUAUGGAAGCACUGGAUCAUCAACGUAAGACUUCCAAGUCAGCUGAUCCGUCUGAAAGUGAGAAGGAAAAUUUGCAGAGAAAGGUAGUUAUCAAAGAGCAGAAGACAGUCGUUGCUUCCCGUUACAUGCUUGGGGUAUCAAGCAACAACGGAAAAAUUACCAAUCUCAACUCCAGCAUUGAUAGUGACAAAAGUAAUGGAGGAAGUACCAUAUCUGAAUCAAAUCAAAAGUCUGUUGCCCCGAAAGUCAGACAAGAGGCAAAACCUCAGGAGAGGCCAAAUAAUACAUCUCCUAGUAAUGCUAAGUUAGUUUCCACAAAGCAAGAAAUUAGCAAGGACACACGCAAGAAUAGUGGCACUUCACCUAGUCUGAAUGGUUCUGCUGUAGUCAAGAAGCAAAUGCCGAAGGAGAGCAAAAAGGAAUCUGCUACUGAAAGAAAAUCACCACCAAAGCUUUAUAGAAGUUCACCAACGCCAGCGAGGACUUCACCAACAAAGCUCAGUCCACCAGCAAAGCAGAAUGGAAACUCUGGUCCAGUUCCUUCUGUAGCUACUGUUAAAAGAAGAGUUACUGAAACUAUCUCCUGGGACUCCCUCCCAACAAGCCUAAUCAAAUCAGGAAAGGCUGUUGUCCGGAGGAAGAACAUUGCUCUUAUUGUAGCAGCUGAGGCUCAAAGGGAGGCUGCUGCAGCUGCAUAUCUUGUAAAAGGCCUUGGAAUUUUUGCUGAGAUAAGGGAAUCUUCUGAAGUAGAUCCACAUGCUGCAAUCACCAAGUUUUUCCAGCUGCACAGGCUCAUCGUUCAGCAAAGUGCUGUCUGGAAAGCUUACUCGCCUGAGCCUAGCAAAGAAUCUCGACCGGAGAAGGAAAAGCCGUCGAGGAAAGCUUCUGCAUCUCAUCAGAACAAAGCUGGUAACACAGCUAAGAAUCCCGAAGAUGCUCAGGGAAGCGAAAAGGCCGAAUGGGCCCGGGAGGACGGUUUCAAGGAGAUUUGCAGGUCAUGGAUUGCUCUGAAAAAGGAAUCACGGUCAUGGUUUCUGAGCUUCCUGGAGGAUGCACUGGAAUCAGGAUUCAUGUUCGAGAGCCAUACCAAGAACACAAGAGAACGCGUGCGGGGACCACCCAAGGGUGGCGGGGACGGGAGGAUCGCGGUCCGGCUGUCGCAGCUCAAGGAGACGAGCAACUGGCUCGAUCAGCUGCAGGACGAGGCGGACAGUUCCGCGGACGGUUUGGCCGAAACCGUUGAGCAGCUGAAGCAGAAGGUGUACAAGUGCUUGCUUGGGACGGUCGAAACCGCGGCGUCAGCACUCGAAGGAAGGUAG